AUGAUUGGUCGUCAACGUGGUUUCAUCGCACAUUUAAAGAAUGAAGCGCCGGACAUCUUUGCUAUUCAUUGUGUUGUUCAUCGGCAGCAUUUGGUUGCCAAACAUCUCAGUGAUAGACUACAUAAAUCUUUACAAGUUGUCACCAAUGCUGUGAAUAAAAUCAAGGCUCACUCAAUGAAUGACUGCUUGUUCGGCAGCUUUGCCAUACCAGUGAAGAAGAGUUUGAACGUCUACUCCUGCAUAAGGACGUUAGGUGACCAAAAAUUAUGUAGUGAGGUAGAAACAAGGAGAACUGAUGUGGCAUAUCUCUCAGACAUUUUUGACAAUUUAAGUGAGAUCAACAUUAAAUUACAAGGAAAGAAAAUGAAUAUCAUAAAAGCAAAAGGAAUUAUCAUGGGUUUCAUCAGUAUGUUAACUUUGUUUAAGAAUAACCUUGGGCGCCAUGAACUCUACCAGGCAAUGAUGGAGGUUGAAGACAAACUGUGUGAUAAUGAUGUGGAAACCUAUUGCUCUCAUCUUGAAGCUCUUAAGGAAGAUAUGCUGACAAAAUUUUUAGUCCUCAGUCAACUCAGUGAACUGACUGGGUUAUUAAGCCGUUUUUGA